CUUCGGCCUCAACAAAGUGUGCUGACAGCCUUCAUGUUGAGCACAAGAGUGGGGACUCAGCAGCUACAGCAUCAUCCAUAGACAAAUAUAAAUGAAAAAUGAGGAGUUGUUGUUUUGCUGGGAACCAAAUGUCAAGAACACUGAAGAAAUCUUAACUUCACUGCAGACACUUCCAAGCAAUGCUGUGUAAGGGUGAUUCCAGCGAGCGCUUUCGGAACCGCACGCAACACAUGAUGCAGGACCCGAAGCAGUCGAGCAGGCCGAGGCCCCUCAGCGAACCAUGCGACCGCUCCUUUGCCGUAAAACGCCUCUGUAAGCAGAAGGCCCAGCAGGAGCGACUCUGGAACCAGCGCGUGUCCCAAGCCGGCGAGGCCAACACUUACGACUCGGCCUGCUGUCUAGCCAACCCGUUGGAGGAAGGAGAAGAAGACUCCGACGGAUGCUUGGCUCGAAGCCCACCCAACAGUGAAAAGAGCCUGGACCUUGACUCUGGCUACUCGGAGGCCUCUUGGCAUGAUGAAGGCAUUGUUCUGAGGAGGACAAGAAAUGUGCGAGUUUCCUCUUCGGCUUGCCUCCGUACAAACAUUGGACCGACAAGUCGGAUCCGACCCAAAUCCACCUCGGACGCUUGCUUGGAGCGCUGGACUUCCUUUGAGGCCAGCGACCCAGAGGACUGGACGACAGCCUUGCUAAGCAGAAGUAGGAACAGACAGCCUCUGGUUCUAGGGGACAACAGUUUUGCAGACCUAAUAAAGAACUGGAUGGACCUACCGGAGUGUCCAGAACCUGCAGAACUCAAGCGAAGUGCUGGUCGGCGUCUCGCCAAGGACAUCCUGGUCAACAUGAAGCGGCGACUGGCCGGGAUGUCUAAAAGCGUGGAAACGAACCAGAAACCGUCAGAGUCCGCUCGAGGGAACAGGGCUGCCGAGGCUCCGAAACGACUGUCCUGCCCUGUGGGACACCAGUUACUCAAACCUUUCUUCCACCAGUCGCACACGGGCUUGCAUGCCAUCGACUCAAACUUCUACCACUUCACCGCCACUUCGCUCAUGAAGACGGGCAGCCGACAGCCCAUAAUAUGCAACGACAUCAUCGGCUACAUUUGACUCUAUGCAAUGGAUUUUUUUUUUUUGGUCCAGAUUAUCAACUCAAAUAAAACUCCUUUAUAUUUAAUUUUUUU